CCCUGAGUCACAGUUCAUUCGAGUCCAAUGUUGAGGUAAUCAAUGAGUUUACCCUCACUGGCAGUUAAUUGAGUACAAGUCAUUUCCAUUCAAUGACUCGACUCACUUCGAGUCGAAACUCAAGUACAACUCAAGUUGAGUCAAUGACUCCGAUCACCUCAACACUGGCUCUUGUUUCUAAAUUAAUCUAUGAAAAAUAAAAAUCCAGUUAUUACAUUUCCCUUUUUAUAUUAUUCAUAAUACUUUCUUUAAAUUGUUUGUCUGUGCAAUGGAGGAUCCUAUAACGAAUUUCACUCGCAAAAGUCACUCCUUCUGAGUGUUAUAUUGUGUUUUUGAAUGCUAUAUCGAUGUACUCUAUUUUAUUGAAUUUUCUGUUAUACUCGGCAUAUUGAAAAUCCAGGUACCAUACAUACCCCUAAUACAGGGUGUACUAGAAUAACAGUGAUUAGUAAUUAAUUAAUUGAUUUAAGAAAUAUUACCGUAUUUUAAGAACCAUGAUGCACACUUUGGUUCCCUUUUUUUUCUCAAAAAUUGAUCGUGCGUCUCAUUAGCCGGUGCACCUCAUGUAUGAAUCAGGUAGUGCUUUAUGCUUUUUUACUCAAAACCACGACAGAUAUUGCUUUAAAAUUCCUUAUGUAUGAAUAUACUGUAACCCCAAUCUUAGCAAUUUAUCGACAGAAAGUCUUAUAAUACAGUGCGCCAUAUCGUGCAUGAAAUUCGAUAACCUAGUUUUGGGCCUCUGUGUUUAUCCCAUAUGUUGAAAUACAUUUUUCGCGAAUAAAAUAACUUUUCAUAGAUCAAAAUUUGAUAGUGAGUGAAAUUUUUGCACAAACUAGUUUUAUUGCACAAGUUUUCUUUCUUGAAAUCAAAUUAUCUGUUCACACUUACGGUAACAUUUUUAUAUUGUCCAUUUGUAAAAAUGUUGCGGCUCAUCUUUUUUACUGAAUAUAAAAUAUAGCAAAAUUAUACAAGGAAUAGGAGAUUCCCUUUUUCGAUAAAAUUCUCCAUUUGCCUAUUUUGGAUCUCUUUAUUCCUCCUCGUAAUGCACUAAAACUCUGUUAUUUUUCGUUAAUUUCUCAUUUUUAAAAGAUCCUCAGCUAGUGCCAUUUCACACUCUGGAUUUUGCAGUUUGUAGGCCUAUAGUUUAUAAUAUAUUUAUAAACACAUUUUUCAAACACACUAAAUAACUAAACAAUAUUUGUGAAACUACCAAAUACAAAGUGAUAUUCACUCCCUGAGAACUUCGAAAUUUCUCCCCGGUGAGAAACAUUGGCUCAUGUUGUCGGCCAUUAUAUUAAUUCUCAGAAAUGCACAUCUUUCACAUUAUUAAGAUGGUGUACGACUCAAUUACAAACUCAUUAGGGCCCAGCCAAUACUUUAUGUUAUAAAUAUAUAUUCAAUUCUUACCACUACAUCUAAUAAUUGUAACAGUUUAUUGUUGUAUUGUAUCUGUAUUUUGUAGUAUUAGAAUAGUACAACUUUACCAAGUUAAAGAUGGGAGCAGCAAUUGCGAGAGCUGCGCAGUGGACAUCUGUGUUUGAGAAUGGAACCGGAAAACUAGAAUUUUCUCCAUUGAAUGAAAAACUUCUCAAUGAUAUUAUCCAGUAUGUGGAGAACUUUGGAUCAAAGCAUUCUCAAGAAGCUGAUCUAGCUUUUAAAGACCCAUUAACAUGGAAUUCUGUUCUUCCUCCAACUGCAUUUACAGAUGGAUUUGAAGCCAGUGGUUCGAAGGUUGUUUCACGAGAGAGUGAUACUCAAGGAAAUCCAUUAAUGUUAUAUGAAAAUGGAAAAAUCCAAAUCAGAAAUAUGAAUAUGUUAGCAAACGUCAUGAAAACUGCUAAAAAUCAAAAACUGGCAGAAGCAAGAGCAUGCUUAGAAGCAAACAGAGAUCCACUUGUUAAAAUUCUGGGAGCUGGUUACGCCACUGUCGAAGGAGAAGAUACAACUGUUAUUAGAAUGAUAGAAAAGAUGAAAACUGAUGGUCAAGAGGAAGUUUCUCUUCAGUUGAGAUUUCUUUUACUGAUCCAGCAGUUUGACAUGCAACUUCUUAACUCUUCAUUGCAACAAAUCUCUAAAGAAGUUCGUCUUGCACCAACCACUGUGAAUGAAGAUGUCGCAUUGUUACAAACAUUUUGUGGAGAAGAUACAUCCACACCACUACUUGAUAUCCAAUUCACUUCCAAUUAUGUCUUUAACAAUGGAUGUCGUGCUGUACCGUGGCGUCAAGUACAUGGUGACAUCUGCUACAUCAUAGUGAAACCUCAUGAUGGUGACAGCUUUUGUGUGACAGCAAGUACCUAUGGCUGCUUUAUCAAUGGGGGUGUGGAACAAGAUACCAAAGAAGUUAAUUUCGAGAAGAAAUCUGACAUUUACAAAGAUCUUGUAGCAUUAAUAACAGCUAAAUCACCAAAGUUUGCUCAGAACAUUGAAAAGAAGAAUUUUUCGAAGCGGGAAGAUUCUAUCAUUGAGCUUGAGAGAGAAGCAGCUGAUUUGAGAGAGAACGUUAAAGAAAAGGAAAAAACUGACGUAUCUGCGGAUGAUAAUAAAGUACAGAGUAUGCAGAAAGCUACUGGGAAAAAAGGCAAAGCAGGGAAGGACAAAAAGAAACAACUUCAACCCUCUUUGAAAUGGAGAAAUCUUGGCGAAACAAGAAAAACUGAGGAAAAAAUUGGAAAAGAAAAAGGAAAAGAUGGAAAAGUAAAGAAGAAAUCUUCUCCUAGUGCAUCCAGGAGAGCUUCUCUUUAUAACAGGAGAACGCCGGGAGUCGAUGAAGAAGACAUGAGUGAUAGUUCUGAAGAAUCUGAGGAAGAGGACGAGGCACAAGAUAGAAGACAAGAAGCUGGAACUGAUCUUCCGUCAGAAUACUGGCAAAUUCAAAAGCUUGUUAAAUACUUGAAGGGAGGAAACCAAACAGCUACAAUAAUAGCUUUAUGUGCCAUGAGAGAUUUCAAUCUGUCUCAAGAGACUUGUCAACUGGCUAUACGAGAUGUUGGUGGACUGGAAGUUCUCAUCAAUUUAUUGGACACUGAAGAAAGCAAAUGCAAGAUUGGUUCUUUGAAAAUCUUGAAGGAAAUCAGUCGUAACGUUCAAAUUCGUCGAGCAAUUGCUGAUUUGGGUGGAUUACAGACCAUGGUUAAGAUAUUGAAAGAGUCAAAUAAAGAUCUUAAAUGCUUGGCCGCAGAAACAAUCGCUAAUGUAGCCAAGUUCAAACGCGCAAGAAGAACUGUUCGUCAACAUGGCGGAAUCAAUAAACUGGUAGGGCUUCUUGACUACAAACCGACUGCACCCCUUCAAGGACACCAAACACAAAACGUCUCCGCAAAAGAUAUUGAAGUGGCAAGGUGUGGAGCAUUGGCAUUAUGGAGUUGCAGCAAAUCAACAAAAAACAAACACGCUAUUCGAAAAGCUGGUGGAAUCCCUCUCCUGGCACAUUUACUGAAAACUCUACAUGAAGAUAUGUUGAUACCCGUUGUCGGUACAUUACAGGAAUGUGCCUCAGAGCCUAGCUAUCGACUUGCAAUUCGCACCGAAGGAAUGAUUGAAAAUCUUGUCGCUAAUUUGGAGAGCAACAAUCCUGAAUUACAAAUGCAUUGUGCCGCUGCAAUUUUCAAGUGUGCAGAAGACAAAGAAACGAGAGAUCUUGUUAGACAAUAUGGAGGAUUAGACCCACUAGUUAAACUUCUUGAACAAUCUGAUAACAAGGAAUUGCUUGCAGCUGCAACCGGAGCAAUUUGGAAAUGUGCCAUAAGCCGGGAGAAUGUUGAAAGAUUUCAGGAACUGAAGGCUAUUGAACGUCUUGUUCAACUUUUAACUGAUCAACCAGAAGAAGUUCUUGUGAAUGUUGUUGGUGCUCUGGGAGAAUGUGCACAGGAACCUGCUAAUCGUCUGGUUAUUCGCAAAUGUGGAGGUAUUCCUCAUCUGGUACAACUUUUAACCGGAACUAACCAAGCUUUGUUGGUUAACGUAACAAAAGCUGUCGGUGCUUGUGCAACGGAGCAAGAUAAUAUGACAAUUAUCGACAAACUUGAUGGAGUUCGCCUACUCUGGUCUCUUCUGAAAAAUCAAAAUCCACAAGUACAAGCAUCAGCUGCAUGGGCUGUUUGUCCUUGCAUCGAGAAUGCAAAAGACGCUGGUGAAAUGGUUCGGUCUUUUGUGGGUGGAUUGGAACUUAUCGUAUCUCUCUUAAAAUCUAAUGACUUGGAAGUAUUGGCAAGUGUUUGUGCAGCAAUUGCUAAUAUUGCAAAGGAUGAGGAAAACUUGGCAGUUAUUACAGAUCAUGGUGUUGUUCCUAUGCUUGCUAAACUUGCAACAACUACAAAUGACAAGUUACGUCGUCAUCUCGCUGAAGCCAUUGCAAGAUGUUGUACAUGGGGGCAUAAUCGGGUUUCAUUUGGCAGAGAGGGGGCUGUUGCACCACUGGUGCAUUAUCUGCAUUCCAAAGAUGAAUCAGUUCACCGUGCUACUGCUCAAGCUCUCUAUCAACUCUCAAGAGAUCCUGAUAAUUGUAUCACAAUGCAUGAAAAUGGUGUCGUAAAACUUUUACUCGACAUGGUCGGUUCGUCAGAUGAAGUGCUUCAAGAAGCUGCAGCGGGAUGUAUUGGAAAUAUCAGAAGGCUUGCACUCGCUAAUGAGAAAGCAAAGUUUGCUUGAGAUAAUUGUUUUUGUUUUAUUAAUUGCUUUUUGUAUAGAAAAUUAUUGAGUGUUUUGAAAAAUAUUUUUAUAUGAUUGAUAAGUUUCACUGAGUAGAUUUCUUGAGAACAUUCACAAAUAUAUAUAUUGACAAAUAUA